GGCGGGUCAGGAAGUGGGGGCGCGGCGGCCGGGAGCGGGCCCGGGGCGGCCCAGGGGUUGGGCGACGGGAGACUCCGGGCCGCUCGGGAGCCGGAGGGGCGCCCCGGCCUCCGCGGAGACGAUGGCGGAGGAAGAAGGACCAACUGUAGAAUUGCGCCAAAGAAAAAAGCCAAAGUCUUCAGAAAAUAAGGAAUCUGCCAAAGAAGAGAAAAUCAAUGACACUCCAAUUCCUGAAAGAGCUCCAAAAUAUGUAUUAUUUCAACGCUUUGCAAAGAUUCUCAUUGGCUGUCUUGCAGCACUUACUAGUGGUAUGAUGUAUGCUCUCUACUUAUCAGCAUACCAUGAACGGAAAUUCUGGUUUUCCAACAAGCAGGAGCUUGAACGGGAGAUCACAUUUCAGGGUGAUAGUGCCAUUUAUUACUCCUAUUAUAAAGAUAUGUUAAAGGCGCCUUCAUUUGAAAGAGGUGUUUACGAACUGACACACAAUAACAAAACUGUAUCUCUGAAGACAAUAAAUGCAGUGCAGCAAAUGUCUCUAUAUCCAGAACUUAUCACCAGUGUUUUAUAUCACGCAACUGGAAGCAACGAGAGUAUGGAGCCAGUGUAUUUUUAUAUUAGCAUUGUUUUUGGAUUGCAAGGAAUAUAUGUUAUUGCUUUAUUUGCUACAAGUUGGCUUAUGAGUGGAACAUGGCUAGCAGGAAUGCUUACUGUUGCGUGGUUCAUUAUUAACAGGGUAGAUACAACAAGAAUUGAAUACUCUAUUCCUUUAAGAGAAAACUGGGCACUACCAUAUUUUGCAUGUCAAGUGGCUGCACUUACAGGAUAUUUAAAAAGCAACUUAAAUGCUAAUGUACAGAGGUUUUGCUACGUGUUGAUAAAUGUUUCAACAUAUGUAUUUAUGAUGAUGUGGGAGUAUAGCCACUAUCUCCUGUUUCUUCAAGCAAUCUCUCUGUUCCUGCUAGAUAUCUUUUCACUGGAGCAAAAUGACAAGGUUUAUGAAGUUUACAAAAUCUAUAUAUUUUCUCUCUUUGUGGGAUAUUUACUGCAAUUUGAGAAUCCAGCGUUAUUGGUGUCUCCUUUAUUAAGUUUAGUAGCAGCCUUAAUGAUUGCUAAGUGCCUUCAGCUGAAUGUGAAGAAAGGAACUUUUGUAGCUAAAAUGAUGAAAGUAAUUCAUUUUUACUUGGUGUGUACUCUGACAGUGACGUUGAAUAUUAUAAUGAAGAUGUUUGUCCCACACAAAGAAAAUGGGCACAUGCUGAAAUUCCUUGAAGUAAAAUUUGGACUAAAUAUGACUAAGAAUUUUACAAUGAAUUGGCUCCUCUGUCAAGAAUCCCUGCAAGCACCAUCUCAAGAUUUUUUUUUGCGAUUGACUCAGUCUUCUUUAUUACCUUUCUAUAUUUUAGUAUUAGUUAUUUGUUUUCUUUCUAUGAUGCAAGUUAUUUUUAGGAGAAUUAAUGAUAAGUCCCUGACAGAAACUGUUACUCUUGAAGAUGGACGAAUUGGAGAAAGACCAGAAAUAAUUUAUCACGUAAUUCACACUAUUUUAUUGGGUUCUCUUGCAAUGGUUAUGGAAGGCUUGAAAUACAUCUGGAUUCCUUAUGUGUGUGUGUUAGCAGCAUUUGGUGUAUGUUCUCCUGAACUUUGGAUGACACUUUUCAAAUGGCUUCGAUUAAGAACUGUACACCCAAUAUUGUUGGCACUUAUUCUGAGCAUGGCUGUGCCCACUAUUAUAGGUCUCAGUUUAUGGAAAGAGUUUUUUCCAAGAUUAAUGACAGAAUUAACGGAACUACAGGAAUUCUAUGACCCAGAUACAGUGGAACUUAUGACCUGGAUAAAAAGGCAAGCUCCAGUUGCAGCUGUGUUUGCAGGGAGUCCACAGUUAAUGGGUGUAAUUAAAUUAUGCACUGGAUGGACGGUGACAAGCUUGCCUCUUUAUAAUGAUGAUGAUCUUCUCAAGAGAAAUGAAAAUAUCUACCAAAUCUAUUCAAAACGAUCUGCCGAGGAUAUUUAUAAAAUUCUGACAUCCUACAAAGCUAAUUACCUAAUUGUGGAGGAUGCUAUCUGCAAUGAGGUGGGAACCAUGAGAGGCUGUAGGGUUAAAGAUUUAUUAGACAUUGCAAAUGGCCAUGUGGUUUGUGAAGAAGGUGACAAGUUAACCCACUCAAAAUAUGGGCGAUUUUGUCAUGAGGUCAAAAUUAACUAUUCUCCAUAUGUGAAUUAUUUCACUAGAGUUUACUGGAACAGAUCCUACUUUGUAUAUAAAAUCAACACUGUGAUAUCCUUCCAGUCUUGAAAAAUAACAGAGCCUUCAUUUCAAAAACUUAUACUACCCGAAGUAAAAUGCGAUUUUCUUCUACCUACAUGGUGUCUUUUAUAGAUCAGCGCAUGGACAUUUGAAAUGUUGCUGCUGCUUUUCCCCUCCUGCUGUUAACUGGAUCCGUAGUUCUGUGGGAAAUAUGAGAAAAUCAAGCAUUACUGUCUUUUGGUAAAAUGUCAAAUCUAUCAUCUGCAGUAUUUCAGACAGGUGUCUUCCUUACUAUUAUAUGGUCUGUUGCAACAUUUCCCCCAUAAAUCUUCAUUCUGUCAUAAUACUGAUCUUGAAUUUGAAUAUGUUCAACAUCAGACUAUAUUUCUCAAAUAUAACAUUUGUAAUACUUAAUGUGAUAUAAUUUUAUAGUGGAAGGAAAGAAUUAUUCUUACCUUCAAGCAAGUUUUUGGAGGUGUUUAGUGUUUUAUAACAACUGAAAUUUUAUAAUAAAAAACUAAUUUAAAUGUUCACUGAAAAUAUGUAGCAUUUAAAUUAAAAUAGAAAUUAUAUAAAGAAAAGUGAUUUUUAAGGAUAUACAUAAAGAUAUAUCCAUAAUUUUCCAUGAUAUUGUUCUCAUCAUCUGCUGCUUAUAUAAGUGAGCACUUGUUUAGUAAUACAUAGUGCAUGAUAUUGCAUUUUAUUAUUUUAUGACUGUCUAUUAAGUGAUUAGCUUUUUUCACUUAUGUUCAUUAAUUUAAUACCAGUUUAAUCAUGACAAAACAAUAGCUAUUACCUAUAUAUAUUUUAAAAUGGGUCUCUAAAACAACGUUGUUCAGAUUUGACAUACUUAACAAAAUAAGGAUAUGGAGUAUACAAUCUAUUUACAUGUUUUCUACUGAAUUAUUAAGUAAAAAAAUUAAGUCUUUAUCAGAAUAUGUACACUAAAAUGAGCAACAAUGUCUGGAGAUAUAUGCAGAUGCUGUUAAAUAUACCUCUGCAUACAGAUAUAUUUAUUAUAAAACACAUGUGAUGUUAUUUAUGAAACUGUGAUUCAGUCUUCAAUAUUAAGAACAAAACGACGAUUAUAAUAAAAUUUACAACACAAUUUCACAGUCUAAAUGCUAUAUUCCUUUAAGUUUUCUUGUAUUUUUCAUCAUUUAUUAAAAGAAAUUCUAAAAUAAUUAAUUUGGCCUUAUAAAGAGAUUUAGGAUAGAUGUAGUCUAUAUAUGUAUCAUUUUAGUACGUUGGGAUGCAUGUUUAGUUUUACCUUAUGCCUGUUCAGUGGGCAGGUUUUCAAAACUUUCACUUGUUAGAGUGCUGCAAAAAUUGCAUUUUCAGUACUAUAAAUUACUACAUUUAUAGUAAGGAAGCAUCUUUACAUUGUCUUUAUUUUCUGUAAUAUAUAUAUUUUAAAAAUUCAUGCAUUCUGAGACAAACUCUAAGAUGCUUUGCUCUUUUGGAGCUUAAGAAUUGUUUGAUGGCAGUGUCUUAUAUCUGAGGCAUUAGUUUCAUUGGUUCUCAUUUCACUCUUUUAUGUAAUUUUUUAACUAUAUUAAGAUAAUUGCAGACACUGUGCCUCAGGUUGACUCUGUAUAUCUAGUCACUGGUAUUAAGCUUCAAGCCUUAUGAAGAUAUUAAUAUAGUUACCUAAGUACACAGUGAAUAGUCAUGUGGUAGUACUUGUGAUUAGAGCAUGUAAAACAAUGUAAUUUAAAAGGCAGCUUGCAUAUUUUGAAGGGGAAAUAAAACACCCUAUGUUUUAUGUAUUGUGAAAUAUUUCCUUGAACUUCUAUUGAUUUAUAUUAAGAUCACAUGUGCUGAAUUAGUUUUGGUUGUUUUGUUUGACAUACUAGUAAGUUGCUUUUGCCUCUGUCAGCUUAUUUCUUAAAUAAAACAGAUUUGGAGAAAUUUUUAAUUGAAAGUUUUAAAUAAUGAAUAUUUGGCAUCAGUUGAAAAGGAAAAGUAAGCUUGAUUAUAGAAAUUAUUGGAUAUGAGAAAUAAGCUUAUUUGCUUCUAUUAUAACUGUGGUUAUAACAGUAGUACUACAAAACUGAGUAGGAAGCAUUUAAUUCGUUUCUUCACUUGUAGAGUAACACAUGAUUAAGAAUUCUGCAAGUAAUUCCACUUGGCUAACUUACAGUUGUUAGGUGUGACAGUAAAGAUCUACUAUGAAAGGAGCAAAGUUUAUGGGUUUUGGGUAGAAGGAAUUUCUCAAAGAAAUACAAAAUAUACUUUGCCCUUGAUAUUGCAAACCCAUUGCAAUAAGUGCCUUAACUUUAUUUCUAAGUGUACUUUUUAUUUUCCAAAAGAAUAUUAUCCAUUUCUUUCUUUCCCUAAGAAAAUUUUGGUAAUUUUUCCUCAUCAAUAAGCACAAAAAAGAGUCUUCACUAUGCUAUUUUCCCUAUUAACUUUAAUUCAGUAAUAAGCAACUCUUUGUUAAGAGUAGAGAUGGGAUUUCUAGCCUCCUAAAUUAAUUUAUUUAGCUUCCCAAAUGCCAAACAAUCCAACAAGUAAAACUUACUUGAAUAAGGUAUAUGACAUUGACUCUGUGCUGGUUUAUAUUUUCUAACUUUGGCAUCUGUAUCUUGGUGAUUUUUGUUAGACUGGUAGAGUUUUACCAUUGAAGGGAUAUGCACUGUACUUCAACACUACCUUUUUUCUUCGUUACUUUCUAUGUAUAUAGACAGCAUUUUUUUUUUCAGAACAUUAACCCAAAUUUCUAAUAGCCUCAAUGUUGUGAUAUUCUUCCUUACAGUCCACAUUGAUUCAAAGAAAAGCAGAAAUGGAAGUCAAAGUAUGUUACAAUUCAGGGCUGAAAAAGAACUUUAAAAAAAUAGAUGAUUAAUUUCUUAAAGGACACUGUGAAUAGCCAUCUUAUUAAGUUGUACUGUUUCUGAGAAAUCAGUUGUUUUGGGCUCUUUCUAUUUUUGAAAUGUUAAAACAUUUUGAUGCUUUUUGUGGAUAAAAGUAGUGCCUCUCUAUACAAUUGGUGGGGUUUGAAAAAGUAUGUACGUUGAUUUUUUGGUAAAUUUAUUUUAAAUGCUUUACUAUUUAAAGGGCAUAUGUUAUUAAUUAAUCUGUAUAUUUAAGAACGUUUUGUAAAGCAAAUAACUGCGACCUGAUUUACAUCUCAAUACGUUCUUGCUUCAUUUGUCCAGUUUUCAGAAUGUAUAAUCUCUAUUGUUGCUAUUUGAUAAUAGUUUUAGAUCCCAAUAUGUAUUAGAAUUAUAGCUUGAAAAGCUGCAAGUAAAAUUGAACAGCUUCUUGUUGAAACAAUAUCUUUUUAUUAAGUUUCCGAGUAUGUAGUGUUAACAGCUUAUAAAAUAAAAUUAGAUGUGAAAAUUACAAAGGAAUAUAUAUGACUCAACUAUUUUCUGUCCAUUAAGAUUUCUAAACAUAAUACUUAGUUGUUUUUCAUAAUUGAAAAGGACAUUUUGGAAUCAUUUGCUGAAUUUAGCACAUGGACAACUUUGAAUCAUUUUGUUUAUAAGUCUAUUGAUUGUGCGACAUUUUAAUCUUGGCACAUAUAAUCCUAUGUGUAGUUCUAUAAGAAAUACACUGAAUUUCUGACCAUUACAUGUAUUUAGUGGAAUAAUGGUAUCACAAAAAAACAUGCAUUCCAAACUUAUAGUUUGAAAUAACUCAUAAACAACCCUUUCAUAUUUCAAGUUAAUAGCUUUGUAUGGCUAUUUAAUGCAGAUGAAUACAACCUUUAUGCAUAUUGACCUUUGAGUAAUAUCUCUGACAAUGUGUAUUUAGAUUAAACAUUUUCCUCCUGUAACUAAUGCUACAUCUUUACAAAGGAUGAAAGUUAAUUUCAAUAAAUAUAAAUCCUUUAAGAGAGUUGGGUUAUAAACUAGUUUACUUCAGAUUUCGUAAUAUGCAAUAUACUUUUAUCAAGACUGAAAUUCUUUCAUGCUUAAUUACCCUUCUUGUUUUGUUUCCAUAAUAAAACUCUUUUCAGAAUUUUAA